GAGACCGUUUUAGGGCUAAGGGGGAGGGGGAGAGUUGCUUCUUUGCUCUCCUUUUCUUUUUGUUUUAUGAACAUUUUUCGCUCCCUUUAAUUUGUUUCCCCCCUGUGUGCUUUUGAGAUGCCGAAAUAGAGAUCGCAAGGUGUCUGUUAUACGCUUUUUAUCUUUGACGGGGGAAACUGCAAUCGGAAGGUUGUUGAAUUAACUAUCCUCCAGCCAAAUGUUACAAAAAUAUUUCUCGUUGAUUAAGCCUGCAACAUCUUAGAAAACACAAAAUCCGCAGUUGUUCUUUAUUUCCCGGGAAGUGAGACGAUGGAGAGUUGGAUCUCGCAGUGAAAAAGGAUGAGUUCUUGUUUUGUACCAAACGGGGCCAGCUUGGAGGAUUGCCAUUCCAAUCUAUUCUGUCUGGCUGACCUGACAGGGAUCAAAUGGAAGAGGUAUGUGUGGCAGGGUCCCACCUCUGCGCCCAUCCUCUUCCCGGUGACAGAGGAGGACCCUAUCUUAUGCAGCUUCAGCCGCUGCCUGAAGGCCGACGUGUUAAGCGUGUGGCGGCGGAGCCAGCGGCAGGGCCGGAGGGAGCUCUGGCUCUUCUGGUGGGGGGACGACCCCAACUUCGCUGACCUCAUCCACCAUGAGCUUGCAGCCGAGGAUGAUGGCCUUUGGGAGAAUGGCCUUUCCUACGAGUGUCGCACGCUGCUGUUCAAAGCCAUCCACAACCUGCUGGAGCGCUGCCUCAUGAACCGCAGCUUCGUUCGCAUCGGCAAGUGGUUUGUGAAACCCUACGAGAAGGAUGAGAAGCCCAUCAACAAGAGUGAGCACCUAUCCUGCGCCUUCACCUUCUUCCUGCAUGGCGAGAGCAACGUGUGCACCAGUGUGGAGAUCAACCAGCACCAGCCUGUCUACCACCUGACCGAGGAGCACCUCACCCUGGCUCAGCAGGCCUCCAGCCCCUUCCAAGUGAUCCUGAGUCCUUUUGGUUUGAAUGGGACGUUGACUGGCCAGUCGUUCAAGCUGUCGGACCCACCCACCCAGAAGCUGAUUGAGGAAUGGAACCAGUUCUAUCCCAUCAGCCCCAGCGCCAAGGAAAGCGUGUUGGAGGACAAGGUGGAGGACAUGGACUGGGAGGAUGACUCGCUGGCCUCCGUGGAGGUCCUUGUUGGUGGUGUGCGGAUGGUUUACCCAGCCUGCUUGGUGCUGGUGCCCCAGUCUGACAUCCCUGUUGUGGCCCCUGUGGGGUCCUCCCACUGCACUGCCGUUUACUCGGGUGGCCACCAAGUGCCUGCUUCCCAGCGAGAGCCCGCCAUCUCUUCGGUCACCCUUACCCCUCCCACCUCGCCUGAGGAGGCGCAGACAGUGGACUCUCACUCAGCCCAGAAGUGGGUGAAGCUGUCGUCGUCAUCUGAUGCCUUCAGUGUGGACAGCACCAGCCACCAUGGAGGCAAGAUCCCACGCCGGCUAGCCAGUCAAGUGGUGGAACGUGUGUGGCAGGAGUGCAAUAUCAACCGAGCCCAGAACAAGCGCAAGUUCUCAGCCACAACCAACGGUACCUGUGAGGAGGAGCUGACUGAGAAAGUUGGAGCCUGGGAUUUUGUGGAGCCCUCGCAAAGGUCAUACUGCAGCUGCUCUAGAUACAAGUCAAUGAAGCAGCGAACAGGCAGCACCCCAGGCCAAGCCCAGUCAGUAGGCCAGCCCUCGCAGCCUCCCACCAAACACAAAGCGGGGGGAGAGAAGCCAGAGAAGGGUGACAAGCAGCAAAAGAGACCCCAGACGCCCUUCCACCACCGUAGCCUGACCAGCGAUGACACGUCCAUGGAGACAGAGGCAACGGCAGGCCAGAGGCUAGCCAUGCGGGGUCAGGAUGGGGGGCGAUUCCCCAGCAUCCGCCCUGCCGAUGUGUCUGCCAUACAGAAGCCCCCUCAGCUGCACAGCGGAGGGGUCAGCGCUGGUCCAUCAGAGCAGACAAGCUCUCCCCAGCCCCCGCCACUCAGCCCCCACCCCUGCGAACGUGGCGAGGAGCCUAGUGAGGGCAUCAAGAACCCUUCCACCCCCAACAGCCAGCACUUCUACCAGCCGCCCCCGGAACCCUGCUUAGUAGGGGUGAAGGGCGGUGAAGAGCCAGGGGGGCCCGAGGGUUUGACUCAGCACUUCCACCCCCACCACCCCAACCCCCACCCUGGGGCAGCAGCUUACCCCGAGCCCCCGGAGCCCACUGUGUACGUGGGUGCAGCGGUCAACCUGGAGGAGGACAGCUCCCACGCCCCAUGGAGGUUCUUCAACCUGCCCCGCAGGAAAGAAGCCGAGCUGCCCACACCGCUGCUGCCCGGUGACAAGCUGAGGGAUGAGGCUACAGCAUCACAGGACAACCUGGUCUCUGUCACAGAGCUGAUGUCCACAUCCAAAUGGCCCCUGAAAGUAUCGGAAGAGCGAGUGCAGAUGUACCGGGCCAGGAGGAACCAAUACCUGUCUGCCGCCAUAACUGACGGAGACCAUGAGCAGGAGGUCGACCCCUAUGCCUUUGAGGAAGGAGAUGUCAAGUUCACCUUCUCCAACAAGAAGGAUAAGAUGGGUGGUGAGCGUGAGCCAGGCAAGAAACACAAGGGAGAAGAUGGAGGAGCAGGUACAUCAGAUGAUGCUCAGCGGGCGGCUGCCCACAACCGCAUUGCUUCCACCAGCCUGAUCCACGAGACGGACCUGGUGGUCUCCAUCAACGACCUGGACAACCUCUUCAAUUCGGAUGAGGAUGAUCUGGCGCCCAGGCGAGCAGUGAAUGGAACAGAUGACAAAUUUGGCACCAAGGAACCAAAGCCAGCCACUCUGGACCCUGUGUCCUGCAUCAGUUCAGCAGACCUGCACCAGAUGUUUCCCACACCUCCCUCCUUGGAGCAGCACAUCAUGGGCUAUUCCCCCAUGAACAUGUGCAGCAAGGAGUAUGGCAACAUGGAGCCCAACCCGGGCAUGACCACGCUAGAUGGCACCGCCUCCCUGGGAGGCCAUUUCAAGAUCGAGGUGGAGGAAAGUUUCUGUAGCCCCAAACCCUCUGAGAUCAAGGACUACUCAUUUGUGUACAAGCCAGAGCUGUGUCAGGCGUUUGUGGGCUGCUCCAUGUUCGCGCCCCUGAAGACGUUGCCCAGCCAAUGUCUUCCACCCACAAAGCUACCAGAGGAAUGCAUAUACCGACCGAGCUGGACCAUGGGCAGAGAGAUGCUCAACCCCAUGCCUGUCAUGAGCUUCCUCAACAAGGACAGUAACAUCCCCAGUGUGGGCAGCACUAUGGACCAGGACUACAGCCAGAGUUACACACCCCAGACCCACACACCCUUCAUGUCCAACAGCGCCCCGCCAAGUAACAGUGGCGCAGGCAUCCUGCCUUCACCCGCCACACCACGCUUCUCCGCCCCCACUCCACGAACACCACGCACCCCACGCACCCCCAGGGGCCCCUCCAGCGUCCAGGGCUCACUCAAGUAUGAGAACUCGGACCUGUACUCACCGGCGUCCACACCCUCCACCUGCCGACCACUCAACUCAGUAGAGCCAGCAACAGUGCCCUCCAUCCCCGAGGCCCACAGUCUGUAUGUCACCCUCAUCCUCUCGGAGUCAGUCAUGAACCUCUUCAAGGACUGCAACUUCGACAGCUGCUGCAUCUGUGUGUGCAACAUGAACAUCAAGGGGGCCGAUGUGGGCGUGUACCUGAGUGACCCUGUUGGUGAGGCCCAGGAGCCCUGCAGCUGUGGAUUCAGUGCCGUGGUCAAUAGGCACUAUGGCAACGGCUCCGGCCUCUUCCUAGAGGACGAGCUGGAUAUCAUCGGCCGUGGCUCAGACAUAAGCCGCGAGGCAGAAAAGCGCUUUGAGGAGCUGCGGCUCUCCUCGCUGGAGAGGACUGGCGUCGGGAGAGGGGAGCGCAUCCCAGACGAGCUCAUUCUCCUCCUGCAGGAUCAGUGCACCAACCCUUUCUCACCCAUCUUUAACCUCGAGCAAGACAUUGUAACACGGGGGCCAGGCGGGGCCCCAGUGCCACCCUGUGUGAGGGUAGACGAGCGGGAUUACCACAGCGACUGCUACAUGGCUCUGGAGCACGGCAGACAGUUCAUGGACAACAUGUCAGGUGGCAAGGUGGACGAGGCUCUGGUCAAGAGCACCUGCCUGCACCACUGGGCCAAACAAAACCCAGUGGACGUGAGUGCGCUGUGCUCUCAGGAUGUGCUGCGGGUGCUGAUGUCCCUCCAGCCUGUACUGCAGGACGCCAUCCAAAAGAAGAGGACAGUGCGGUCGUGGGGCGUACAGGGACCCCUCACCUGGCAGCAGUUCCACAAGAUGGCUGGACGGGGUUCCUAUGGCACAGAUGAAUCCCCAGAGCCUCUUCCCAUCCCUACCUUCCUGGUGGGUUAUGAGUAUGACUUCGUGGUGCUGUCUCCAUUUGGCCUGCCCUACUGGGAGAAGCUGUUGCUGGAUCCGUUCGGUUCCCAGCGGGACGUGGGGUACCUGGUGGUUUGUCCCGACAACGAGGCCCUGCUCAGUGGAGCCAAGAGCUUCUUCCGAGACCUCACUGCUGUCUACGAGUCCUGUCGACUGGGCCAGCACCGGCCCAUUUCCAAAGGCCAUCCUGACGGCAUAGUGCUUGUGGGCAGCACCGCGGCCAAGAAGCUGGCGGAGCAGCCAGUGAGCGACUGGUUCCUAAAGGCUGCCAGUGGCAGCAGUGACGCCUUCACCAAGCUCAAACUCUAUGCACAAGUGUGCCGCCACGACCUAGCUCCAUACCUCGCAUCACAGCCAUUGGAUGGCUCCCUUCUCACACAGCCCACCCCUCCACCUUCAUCCAGCCAGUCAUCAUCCACACAACUACCCAGCUCUUCCUCCAGCUCAACUAGCCAGCAGGGCUCAGCGACCUCUGGCGGUUCCUCCCUUCCCAACAGCAGCAGCAGUGGUGGAAGCGGUGGGCCCGGAAACAACUCUGGUUCAUCCAACAGCGCCAACAGCCUGGUGGCACCUUCAGGCCAGCCAGGCAGUGGGAUGCAGUCUGCCAAGCCCAGCUCUUUCCCGCCCUUUGGGAGCAUGAGCGGCCAGAGCCAGGGAGGCGGCCCCCAAAGUGGACAGCUGGGACAGCAGGCUGGUACCCAGAAUGCUGGCACCUCAGGGGACAACUCCAGCAGCCAGGCCCAGGGACCCGUCGAGCCUCCAGAAAGCACCUUGGAGCGAGAGAAGGUUGGUGUGCCUACAGAUGGGGAGUCCCAUGCCAUCAUGUACCCCCCAGCCAUUGUGGUUUACAUCGUUGACCCUUUCAGCUACGAAGAUGCUGAGGGGGGCCCAGGCCCCGUGCCAGCCCACUCCAGUGUGUGGACGCUGGGUCUGCUGCGCUGCUACCUGGAGAUGCUUCAGUUCUUGCCUGCACACAUCCGUAACUCCAUCUCUGUACAGAUCAUCCCCUGCCAGCACCUGCUUCAGCCGGUCCGAGGUGAGGACCGCCACAUCUAUGCCCAGCACCUCAAGUCUUUAGCCUUCUCGGUCUUCACACAGUGCAGACGGCCACUGCCUGCCUCCACCAACGUCAAGUCACUGACAGGCUUUGGCCCCGGCUUGGCCAUCGACACAGCGCUCAAGAGCCCAGAGAGGCCGGAGUGUCUGCGUCUGUACACACCUCCAUUCAUCUUGGCACCGGUGAAGGAUGAGCAGACAGAGCUGGGGGAGACGUUUGGUGAGGCACCCCAGAAGUACAACGUGCUGUUUGUGGGGUAUUGCCUGUCUCAUGACCAGCGUUGGCUCCUGGCUACCUGCACUGACCUCUAUGGGGAGCUGCUGGAGACAUGCAUCAUCAGCAUUGACGUGCCUAACAGGGCGCGGAGGAAAAAGGGCUCAGCUCGGCGGCUUGGCCUUCAGAAGCUGUGGGAUUGGUGCUUGGGGCUGGUGCAGAUGACAUCACUCCCAUGGAGGGUGGUGAUUGGCCGACUGGGCAGGAUAGGGCACGGAGAGUUGAAAGAUUGGAGUAUUCUGCUGAGCAGGAGAAACCUCCAGUCUCUGAGUCGCCGUCUGAAGGAGAUGUGUCGCAUGUGUGGUAUCUCUGCCUCCGACACUCCCAGCAUCCUCAGCGUGUGCUUGGUGGCCAUGGAGCCCCAGGGGUCCUUUGUCAUCAUGCCAGACUCAGUGUCAACAGGCUCGGUGUUCGGCCGCAGCACCACUCUCAACAUGCAGACGUCCCAACUGAGUACGCCCCAGGACACUUCGUGCACCCACAUCCUGGUCUUCCCCACCUCUGCCUUUGUUCAAGUGGCCAGCUCCAAUUACACCAACAUCGACACCAACAUCGACAUUCUCAACGCCACCACCGAUGGGUCUGACGCUAUCGGGAUCUUUGACCUGCUGGACCAGGAGAAUGAGUUGGUGGACCCAGACAUCAUCAACAUCUCACCCACCACCUCACCAGUGCACUCCCCCGGCUCCCAUUACCAUCACGGGGGCGAUGGCAGCAAGGGCCAGAGUACGGACCGUAUGGAGUCUCAUGAAGAGGUUCCUAACCUCCUGCAGCAACCUCUGGCCCUCGGUUACUUUGUCUCCACAGCCAAAGCCGGCCCGCUACCCGACUGGUUCUGGUCAGCCUGCCCGCAAGCUCAGAACCAGUGUCCACUCUUCCUCAAGGCCUCUUUGCACCUCCAUGUGUCUUCAGUGCAAUCAGAUGAACUACUGCACAGCAAACACUCCCACCCCCUUGACUCCAAUCAGACCUCAGACGUACUCAGAUUUGUUCUGGAGCAGUACAACGCCCUCUCCUGGCUGACGUGCGACCCGGCUACGCAGGACCGGCGCUCCUGUCUGCCCAUCCACUUUGUGGUGCUCAACCAGAUGUACAACUUUAUCAUGAACAUGUUGUAACCAACAGCCCGUCACUGGAGGGAGGGAGACGGAGCAUUAAAGAGACGAGGACAAGGAUGACUCCAAAGGGGUUUUAUCAAGACAGAGGAAAAGAGCAAGAGUCGGACAGGAGCACAGAGCUGGAUCGUGCACCGGGACUGGAUUUAGACGGCUGUUUGACACCCAAGGAGACAAAGACACACACACAGAUGAGGAACAAGGAAGAUGGGAAUGCCAGAAGUUGAGCCGCAAUUAAUUGAAAGUGAGAGAAUGACAGAUUGGUUGUCAUGGCAUCGAGCCUGGCAGCACAGUCACUGGCCAGUCUGUAUUGGAGAAACACGUCUGUAUUUGUAAAGUUAUUGGAAGAAAAGGGACAUAUUUGAUCAAGGAAAAAAAACUCAAGAAUGGAUCUUUGGUUUUAAGACCUGAAAUUCCUUUUUAUUCCUUUGGAUGAAAUUGUAUCCAAAUGAAAUGCCUGCAUCUAUCUUAUUUAUUGUAAGUUUUUAAAUGUAUAAUUUGUCUUAUUUCUUAACCUCUUUUAUAUAUAAAAAAAAAAUGGAGAAGGUUUAUAUUACCUUCCUGCUUUAAAGCAAUUGGUCUAAGAUAUAUGUAAUCGUCUUAAUUAAAAAAACAAACAGGAAAAAAAUCCCACAAAAAUGAAAUAAAGUCGCAGUAGGUUGCUUUUAGAGUAUUAUUUUUUUGUAAUGGAGACAGAAUAUUUGUAUUGUCACAAUGUACAGAAGAAUUAGAGUGGAGAAUUAUGUUCCAUGCCUUUGAGCAUGAAGGACUUACAGCAAAGCUGUAGCUACAGAGGACUUGUACAGCGAUGAACUUCACUGUGUUCAAAUAAAGAGGUACAUUGUCGUAUAUAGUAUUUUAUACCACACAUUUAGACACAAAAACCAAACGGCAAUAUAUAUAAAUAAUUAUAUAUGAAUGCCAUGCCAGCAAUUGGUGGCGUGGCUUCUGUUUUAGGAAUAAAGUGCGUCAACUUAUUUCCCUGUGCUUGUGUUUAUUGCUUUGGGGAGGGGGAUUGUGAUGUGCAAUUGGACAAGGACACCAAUAGUGGAGUGGAAGGAGAACUAUUGGCAUCUCUUGGAAGUAGCUGACCUCAGGUUUGACCUUUUUUUUUUAAUGGAGAGAAAGAAUAAGAGAUCUAGAAUGUCAGAGCAGUGGUCUUAAUAAUGGCAGACAUGCAGUGUCCUUUUUAGCACAUCCCUUUAGUUUACUGUACCUCUCCUUACUGUGAUUGGCUGAGGUCUGGCUCUCUUGGCACCAUUUUCUGAUUGGUUAUGGAUGCAUUUAGACCAAUCCCAUUUUACUUUAAUGUGAAAGUAAAUGUGUGGUGUAAAUGAACUUUAACCAGCUCCAGAUGGCUGCCCAUUGGAUAUGCAGUGUUUGUGCACAGAGGAAGAUCUACUGUCUGGAUCUUCUCCUGUUCAGAAGGAAACUGUACUUUGACUAUUGAAAAUCCAUUGGUAUUGCUCUUUACCUUGCAUUCUUGCCAGCAUCUUGCUGGCUUGAAAAAUCUGACCAUUAAAAUGUAUGUGGUCCUCUUUUGGGUGUAGAUACAUACAUUCAAUAUUUAAUAAAACCUGAAAAUUUA